CUAGACCAUGUUGAGUAUAAUAUAAGGUUAGAUGGUCAUGGUGUUGUAGUGAGCUGUGUGACUGGAGCUGUUAUUCAGUGUUGGUGUGUUUCCUCUUGUGUGAUGUGUGUGAUGUAGAACACUGGUCUCUCAGGCUGAGUGGAGGAAAAAGAAGCUGCUCUGGGAGGUUGGAGGUGUAUUAUAACUCUACAUGGGGCUCCAUUUGUGAUGAUCAGUGGAACAUCAUGAACGCUCAGGUGGUGUGCAGACAGCUGGACUGUGGGUCGGCGCUGAGUGCUGAUGAUCGGUUUGGUUCUGGUGAAGGGACUUUCUGGCUGAACAGAGUGAAGUGUCGAGGGGAUGAGAUUCACCUGUGGGACUGUCAUCAUUCCCUGAAGAAACACACUGACUGCUCUCCUGCUGGACUCACCUGUGCAGACAUAUCCACAGUGUCCACUGCUACACCCACCACCACCACCAAACCAGUAAGAACUGGACCUCCAUCCUUCCCUCCACUGGUUCUCUAUGUGUUGGGAACGCUGCUCUUCCUGGCCUUAGUGCUUCUGCUGGUACUGUUUUACCAGAACAGAGUGCUCAGGAGAGUUGUCUCUAUGACGAUGAAACGUAAGUCUGAGCCUGAGGCAGUCUAUGAGGAGAUCAACCACAGAUACAUGGCUAGAAGAAGCUUCACACAAAGAGGAAGUCUCCUCUCUGAAGAACAGCAUUCUGGGUAUGAGCAUGUGGAUGAUGAGCUUCUCUCAGUAAAGUCUGGGAUCAAAGAAAAGGCUGAGUAUUAUGAUGAUGUCAUGGACACCAGUGACAUCAUAAGUGGGUGAUCCAGGAAGAGUCGACCCACCAGAGGACUACGAUGAUGC